AUGUUUGCCAAGCCUGCCAAGGUGAGCGGCAACGUGCUGCUCAAGAACAAGGACGCCAAGAAGCUCCGCCGCGACGUGGCUGUCUGCUUUAAGGGAACAUGUGACGGUCCGGAUGAUGUCAAUCUCAAGCAGCUGCUGGCCUCCAAGGCUUCCGUGAAGAAAAUGAGCUUCCAGGCUCCUUCUCGAGUCGUCGUAUACGCCUCAGAGGAGACCAAAGAGCCGCUGAUCUUCGACACGUCCGGUAAAGGCGAUUUGUGCUUCAGUGUGUACGCACUCUGGCGUUUCCCAGCGCUGCUACCGCCUCUAGUGGUGCACGCGCCCGUUAGUGAGUUCGUAUUGCGAGGCGCCGAUGUGAUGCUACCUGGUGUCGUAUUUACGUCUGAGGAGCAGCUACAAUCGCUCCGUAAGGGCGAACUCCGAGCUGUGUAUGCUCGAGGAAAUCCGUGUGCAAUCGGAGUGGGCGAGAUGCUCGUAGAUGCGGCCGAAGUGGAACGUAGCGGCAAAAAGGGACGAGCAUUGAAACUCUGGCAUGUUGUGGGGGACUCGUUGUGGCAGAUGGGGCCUCAGACGCUGCCUAACGAAGGAUUUCUGGGUGAAAUGGUAGUGCCUAUUGAAGGAGAUGACGAAGAUGCUGGUGUGACGCUGGAAGGAGUGACACUGGAAGAGGAAAAGGAGGAGAAAGAGGAAGAACAAGUGACCAAGCAACAGAUGGACAGUUAUUACGUAGCAGCGCUGCUACAAGCUCUUAGGACGGGGAAGAUUCGAGACAAGGAGCUGCCGAUACUGGCCAGCUCGUUCCAUGCCCAAGUGCUGCUGCCUUGUCGUCGUGCUGGCGUGUCGCUGAAUAUCAAGCAUAGCUCCUUUAAGAAGCUGUCAGUGUUCCUGAAGGUCAUGGCGGCGCAUGGAUUGCUGGCGGUUACUGAUAACGACGGCGUGCAAUCGAUCACUGAAAUCGCCAGACGCCAUCCGGACGUGCUGUCACACGAGCCGUACCAGACUGACGAAGAAGCUCAACAAGACGAACAAGCCGCUGCCAAUAAAGCUGCUGGACUACCUGCUUUUGUUCCCGGUCAAUACGCGCCAGAAGUGGAGGAGUGCAUCGGUCUGUCUCCAGCUCUCAAGACUCUUCUCCCGUUAGUGUUACCGAAUGCUUCUGCUGGCCAACCACUACAGAAAUACUGGUCAGCUGCUGAGAUCCGUGACUUGGUGACUCAAUACGUUGAAAGUCAAGGGCUGGUAGAUGCUACCGACAAGAAAUUUGUGCGACUGAACGGCUCACUCACAGACGCGCUUUACGGCAAGAAAGAACCUGCCGGUGGCUAUCCGGAGCGUCUCACUCGACCAGAAAUACUAAACCUGUUGCUGUCCAAGUGUACUCAUUACCACCGAAUUAAGCUCUUCCCGACGCAUGCUGCCAAGUUCCAUGGUGGCAACCUGAAGCCGAUUACGAUCCACGCUGCGAAGCUGAAGCGCAGAAACAACACGACAGUCACGUACAUUGCGUUCUACCAGCAAUUCGGCAUCGAUGGCGAAGCGUUUGCCAAGGAAGCACAGAAGAAGUGGGGAUGUAGUGCUGCGGUGUUGCCGUCGGAGGAUAAAAGUAAGGGCGAGGAGAUCCAGAUCCAUGGACACAUGGUCAACGAAGUGUUGGAGUACUUGGCCACGAAGUACCGAAUUAACGCCAAGUACUGCACUGUGACAUACGGCAAGGACGUCAAGGCUAAGAAGAAAAAGUAA